AUGAAGGUUGAGUGUCGGACUCAUUUAUUAGUUUCAAUAGAUUGUGCUAGAUUUCUCCUACGCCAAGGUUUGGCAUUUCAUGGUCAUGAUGAAUCUGAUAUCUUUGAAAAUCAAGGAAAUUUUCUUGAACUUUUGCACUUCCUUGCGGGUCAUAAUGAUGAUAUAAAAAAGGUUGUUCUUGAAAAUGCCCCUAAAAAUCUCAAACUCAUUGCUCCAGAUAUUCAAAAGGAUAUUUCAAAUGCUUUGGCAAGUGAGACUACAAGUAUUAUUGUAAAUGCCAUUGGACACAAAUUGUUUGCUAUUUUAUGUGAUGAAUCUCGUGAUGCAUCAACAAAGGAGCAAUUAACAAUUGUUAUACGUUACGUGGAUUCACAUGGAUAUGUGAUUGAGCGUUUUCUUGGCAUUCUACAUGUAAGAGAUACUACUGCUCUUUCACUUAAGAAAGCAAUUGAUGUAUUAUUUUCAAAGCAUGGUUUGAGCAUGUCACAAAUCCAUGGUCAAGGUUAUGAUGGUGCUAGUAACAUGCGAGGUUCAUCUCAAAGACAAGAAAUUCUUAGAGAACAACGACUUAAGAAAGCGUUGACGAUCUAA